UGCAAAAAAUAAAAAAAGACAAAUGGUAUUCCUGUUGCUUUGCCGCCGCAGCAGGAAAAGCGCUCGCAUGGCCAGAUCACCUUCAAUCUUUCGACUAAGAUGACGGUGCUGUACUUGACCGCUUUGAUUGUUACCGCAGCAGCCGUGAUUCCAGCAGCUUCACGGGAUGAAGGAUUUCUUGGACGUCAUGAAAUCAGGCGUGUUCUCUGCGACACCAAAGUCUGCCAUGAGAGAGCACAAAUCAUCCUGGAUUCCAUCAACCAAAGCGCGGAUCCAUGCGAGGAUUUCUACGGCUAUGUUUGCGCGCGGUGGGCUGACGCACAUCCUAUACCCGAGGGACUCCAGAACUACGACGUGUUCCAUGUUAUUGAAGAAAGUGUGCAGAGGGACAUCAAAGAAUUGCUGGAGACGAUGAAGAACGUCACGCACGCCCGGAACCUGACUGAAAAACUCGGCGUUGCUUACCACACCUGCAUGAGGGACGCAUCUGAAAUGAGCAAGGAAAAAGGAAGCAGGAUCCUCAGGAAGCUUUUAGAUGAAGAGGGUCUAGGGUUGUGGCCUUUGGUCGGCAACGCAACGCAGAGCCCGUUCAAGGACUUCGCGGACGUUCUUCGGACGACCAGUUUGACGUCACUUUUCUCGGUGCACGUGGUAAAGGAUAAUGCCAACGCGUCAGCCAAAAUAGUCCAGUUACAACAAUCGACUGCCCCGCUGGAUGGGGCUGAACACGUGAGGAAUCCCAGUGACAUAUUGCGCUGGGGUUCAAAACGUAUCAUGCAGUUGGCAUCAAUGUUCCGGCCAGACGCCACCGACGGGGAUCUGCAGUCUUUCGCGCGAAGCGUCUUGAAAUUCAAGAGGGGAUUAGAGAAUCUUGUGCAGCCACUUGAAGAGAGAAGAAAUGUUACACAGAACAUCACCAAGGGAGCCAUCAAAGGCGCGGAGUCUCGCCUUCCUGGGCUUCCUCUUCUAGAACUGCUGAACCAAGAGAUGCGGCCGGCCAACGUCACACUGCGCGACACCGACAAGAUCGCGGUCGUCGCUCUGAACUACAUCGUCCGCACCCUCGAGUUCGUCAAACGCUUUGAACCUGUGGUCUUCUACAAUUUCAUCGGCGUCGUAAAGGCGCUAGAAAUCAGCAAACGCGUCUGGAUUCCGCACGGCGAACCGCUUGACGUUCCUCGGCCCACAAAUAAAUCGCGCAGCACCGGCGACGGUGGCGACCAGGCUUCCAGCGCCUGCAUUACGAUGUUGCGAGAGGCCACGAAGGAGCUCACUGGCCGUCUCUACAUGGAACACAAGUUUCCGUUCGAGGCAAAGGCGGAGGCCAGAAACCUGCUCUCCGACAUUGUAAAAGCCUACCACAGACGCCUUCGAACGACGCCCUGGAUGGACCUAGUAACUAGAAGAAGGGCCUUGCACAAACUGUGGACGCUAAAGCCGUACAUUGGGUACUCUGGUUUUAGCCUGGAGGAAGCUGCAAUGAAUAAGCAUUUUGAUCAAGUUGGAGACAUUGGUUAUAAAGACUCAUUCGCGGAGAUUUUCGUGAAGUUCCAGAAGAACUCAAUUAUAAAAUCAUAUGCAUCUCUUCGCGAGGAAGGUCCGCUGUGGAUUCCAUACGGUGGUGACGAUGUUAAUGCUUUCAACCUUCCCUCGACUAAUGAAAUUACAAUAUCCGCCGGUCUAUUACAAAACGUAUUGUUCCAGCCGGGUUUGCCGUCGUACAUCAACCUAGGCGCUAUAGGAUCGGUCAUGGGUCACGAGAUCACACACGGUUACGAUGACAAAGGAUCCGAAUACGACGCUCGCGGGCACCUCGUCGACUGGUGGACAGAGCACACACGAAAAGAGUUUUUCCGGAAGCUAGACUGCUUCAGAAUACAGUACGGCAGCAUCGUUGACCGAGCCACCAAUCUGAAGUUAAAUGCCGACACCACCAUAGGAGAAAACAUCGCCGACAACGCUGGCGUUCGCGUCGCCUACGCCGCUCAUCAAGACGCAUCUUUAGACUUCCAAGAGGUCACCCUUCCCGGCCUGGAAAACUUCACUAGUGAUCAGCUUUUCUUCGUAUCUUACGCUCUGGUGUGGUGCGAAAACGCUCUGCCAUCGUGGAACGCACAGAAGAUCAAGACGCAAGUGCAUCCUCCUAACAAAUACAGGGUGAACGUGCCGCUCAAGAACUUGGAGCAAUUUACCGCUGCCUUCAUGUGCAAGAAGGGGAGCGAAAUGCGCUUACCCGACGCCGACAGAUGUGUCCUGUGGUAAAUGACUACGGUUUUCUGGUUCGUGAACGUGUGCUGGCUUUAAUUAUCGGCAAAUAUCUGUAAUAAAACAACGGAUGGAGCUUCUUUCUGAAGAAUCAGUACAGCUCGUCGGCGUCAGUACAAGCUCGCUGUACACCCCAACUUGUAACAUUAAAAUUUGAUGAAGGCA